AUGUGUUUUGGCGGUUGCUAUCUUGGUCAGAUUCGAGACUUGGAUUUCCCAAUGCGUUACCGACGUGCAAUGAAAGAGAGAAUAUGCUUCGAUGGCGCUUUGCCAUCUAGGAAGCGGGAAACACGGCUUUCUCGAUUGGAAAAGUCGAGGAAAAAACUUGAACUACUUCGCUCCAAAACGCAGAGUGGUCUUCAAAGACUUAGUGGCCCUAGCGAUAGAUGUGCGAUCAUACUCGGAAAUGUCUUACGUAGCCGGCCUUUACCGGCGACAUAUAACGAUCUCCCCGACAACCCCUUUAUCGUCCCCACUGUGUUCGAGGAUCUCAAAUACCGAUGGAACAGAGAGAAUAUCUUGACCGCGGCGAGCGAUAUCUUAUGCGUACAUUCGGUUGAACUUGAAGGUUUUCCGUGGGCGGGUAUCACCGAAAUGGUACCUGGGGAAGCAGAUGCCUACUGUGCAUCCACUGCAAAACACACAAGUUGCUCCAUCCUGACGAAUGAUACAGACCUUCUGCUCUAUGAUCUAGGCCCACAAGGCUCUGUUAUUUUCCUAGAUUCCAUCGAGAUUGUUGGUGGGAAUCCUCAUACACCAGAAGAAUGGCAAAUAAAGGCUAUGAGGUUAAGCCCAGGGCUGGUUGCUCAGCGUUUGGGAAUUCCAAACAUCUUGCGCUUUGCCUUUGAAAUAAAAUCUCACCCAGAUGCAGGAAUAGCAGAGCUCGUAAAACGAGCCAAUAGUUCUUACGAGGACCGUGCACAUGCAUUAGGCUAUCAAGAUUUUGUCCAGGAAUAUCAAGAUGACUUGGAUUCGUUAAAAGCUGGAAACCUGCAAUUUCUCCCGCACUUUGAUGCGAGGGUUUCCGAGCUGUUCUGGCAGUAUGAAUUGCGACAAACUCAUAUAUCCUUGGAAACUCCCCACGUGUAUCUUGCAAUUUUGAACGAAGACCAUGCGAGGCGCUGUGCAUGGGUCCAGGGUCGUUUAUAUAGGAACCUAGCAUAUUCAGUUCUGAACGCCUCGCGCCCGGCCUCUGAAAGGGUUGACUCUAUCAACGAAUUCGUCCGACGAGGCGGCAGAAUUGCCGUGGAUAAAAUAGACCUAGGCAAUGAAAACUGGAUCAUGAGCGAGGUAGGUGUACUUUUGGCCCGACUUAAAUCAAUACAACAUGAGAUUGGAGUCAAUACAACCUCACCCGCGUAUUGGAUUAUGUUUGCGCUCUGUGAACUUGAUGGUAGUGCCUCGAACUGCGUAUUUUCCGACUCUGCGCGAUUGAGCCGCUUUCUUACUCUGGGACAUAUGGAUGAGAGGUUUGACUGGCGAGAUAUUCACCUCACUGCACAGAUCCAGGCAGUACUAUAUUCGUUAAGGAUACUCGGACAGUUACUCAGACUCUCAAUGGUUGCACAUGGUAGCAUGAUGGAGUUGAGAUCCAUGCUUAGCGAUCUCCCUUCACUCCAUGUUAUCAUGGGGCCGACAGCUAGCUUGAUGGAAAAGACUCUUAAUGGGGGAGCCUCUGUCAAUGAAUUCGUACACCAAAGUAUUCAGCUGCUAGGCAAACGAUCCUGCAGUGAAAGUGCUGACCACAUGGAGCCAACACCACCUUUGCCUCCAUUGGCUCCACAGGGUUAUGAUUCACGAGUAGGCAAUGGCAAGCCCUUAUGCGGGAAGACUGAUAACAUGUACGACAUAUUGCCAAUGGAGUAA